UUCCAGAAACCUCAGAAGAUGCCCGGGGUCUGCACGGUGAACUGUCACCUGGGUCCGUCACCGUUAGGCCGCAAAGAGGGAGGAGAUGCUGCCUGGUUAACCCUCCCUUUCCCGAUGAUGAUGUACAGACACGGCAAACUUAAGAAGACAAUUCUUGCAGCAUACACCUGUGUCUUGCGAGGCACUGGCUCCGUCCUCCUGUCGGCCCUGCAGUCCCUGCUCUCUAUGCACUGGGCCUGGUGUCCCAGGCUGGAGAACCAGGUCCAGGUCUUCUCUGUCAUGCAGUUCAUUGUCUCCUUCCUCAUCAUUAGGCCCUAUAUGCUCUGUGGUGAUGCUGUACCUCCUCUGGACUGACUACUGGUGGGCCUCAUACACCACCUGGCUCAUCUAUAAUUGGAACACACACAAACAAG